AUGGCGAUGCGGGCGGUCGUGCUGCUGCUGGCGGCGGCGGCGGCCGUGGGCAUGCUCGCGGCGGGCGCGGCGGCGCAGACGACGCAGCCGCCGGCGUGCGCGUCGAAGCUGGUGGGGUGCGCGGCCUUCAUGAACGGGACGGACACGCCGCCGGACACCUGCUGCGGCCCGCUCAGGGAGACCGUCAAGAACGAGCGCGCCUGCCUCUGCGCGCUCUACGCCUCACCGGAGAUCUUCAAGGCCUUCAACAUCAACCUCACCGACGCGCUCCGCCUCUCCAAGCGCUGCGGCAUCAGCGACGACGUCAGCAGCUGCCCCAGCAACUCUCCGUCGUCUUCCCCUCCAGGUAAUAGAGGUUCUCCGUCAAGUGGCAAGACUGUCUCGGCCAGUUUUGGGGGGCUGAUGAGCCCGUUCCUUGUUCUAUGGUCUGCAUUAGCAUAAGAUUUCGGCAUGCUAGAGAUGAUUGUUUUCAACUUUAUCCUAUGGUAGAUGAUUUGCAGCUAUGGUAGUAUUCUUGGUGACAUUAUCUCUGUAUUCAUCGACAUUCGUUUUGAUGUGUAUUCAUGUUGUCAGUGAGUAGACUUUCUGAGUUUCUCUGAAUAAGAAUCAGA